ACUUGGCCCAUCCUGCGCCCUGUAUCUCACAGUGUCUCGCACUAGACGAGAUGGUGUUUCAUUUAGGCAAGAACGUUUCCCUGCUGCUGCUGGUGGUGACCAGCUCGACGCUAGCCGUGUUUGGCCAGCGUCCAGCCGCACACCGCGAUUGGAGUGAUCGUGAGUUCGCCCCGGUACCGGACACCGUAAGUCCUCGCGAUGAUCUGAUCGAUCAGAGCUACCGUCUGCCGACCGAUACCGUCCCGACGCACUACACCAUCCGGUUGCACACGGACCUCCACACCGGCAGCCGUGCGUUCAGUGGUAUCGUCGACAUUGAGCUGGACGUAGUGGUGCCAACGGACGCGAUCACCGUGCACAACCGUGGGCUGGCAAUCGCUUCCGCUGCACUGUACGCCAAGCAAGAGGAUGGACUGCUGGUAGAGUUUGGAUUCCCGCACUACGAGCUGGAUGAGCGUACGGAGCAGCUAACGUUCCACCCGGGUCAGAUCCUGCCGGUCGGUACCUACGUGCUGACGGUAGAGUACAGUGGUACGCUCCAGACGUCCUCCAACAGUGGCUUUUUCCUGAAAUCGUACGUCAACGAUGACGGUGAACGUCGGUACGUUGGUACGACACAGUUCGAGUCGACUAACGCACGUAUGGCGUACCCGUGCUACGAUGAGCCGCUACUAAAGGCUGCCCACACGCUCUGGAUCACGCACAGUGGCGAGUACAAUGCCGUUUCGAAUAUGCCGGUAGAGGAGAUUGUUCCGUCCGAGGAGCACGAAGGAUACGUCACGACCAAGUUCGGACCGACGCCAAAGAUGUCCACCUAUCUGCUUGCCUUCGGCGUCUCGGACUUUGUAGCGAUCGAAGACGGUAACCAGCAGGUGUAUGCGCGACCGAACGCAAUCGAUGAGGCCGAGUUUGCACUGGAAGCGGGCGUUAAAGUGUUGGACGCAUUGAACGAAUACACCUAUGUGUCGUACUACGAUUAUAUGCCCAAGCUGUCCCAGAUGGCUAUCCCCGAUCGGGGAAGCGGUGCUAUGGAAAACUGGGGUUUGGUGAAGUACGGUGAGCCGGCGCUGCUGUUUAACCCGGCACGUAACACGUACCGUACACGGAAGGGUAUUGCUGUGGUUAUCGCUCACGAGCUGGCUCACCAGUGGUUCGGUGACUUGGUUGGUCCUCACUGGUGGAGCUACAUUUGGCUGAAUGAAGGAUUUGCCAACCUGUUCGGAUACAUUGCAGCCGAUCUUGCCUACCCAUCGGAACGCUACUGGGAUCUGUACGCUGUGGAGAACGUGCAGAAUGCGUUCGGACCGGAUGCCAGUGACUCUAUUCGUCCAAUGACUCAGGAUGCGACGACGCCGUCCGCCAUUUCGGGACUCUUCGAUUCUAUCGCUUAUGACAAAUCUGGAAGCGUACUAAACAUGUUCCGAACGGUACUCGGUGACGACAACUUCCGCGCUGGAUUGAAGGUGUACUUCCAGAACCGUCAGCUCGACGGUGCUGUUGCUGACGAUCUGUACGCUGGUCUGCAGGCCGCUAUUGACGGUACGGACGUGCUGCCCGAAGGGUACACCGUCAAGCAGCUGAUGGACACCUGGACGACGGAGCCAGGGUAUCCGGUGCUGACCGUACGCCGUAACUACGAUGACGGUUCGGUGAUCCUUUCCCAGGAGCGUUUCUACUCCGACAAGCGUUCCCCGAACGCGAACGUUUGGUACAUUCCGUACUCGUACUCCAAGGCAUCCAACCCGAACUUUGACGAGCUCGAGCACUUCCGCUGGCUGUCGUCGAAGGCCGAACGUGUCGAAACCGGUGUCGCCGCCGAUGAGUGGAUCAUCUUCAACAAGCAGCAGACGGGCUACUAUCGCGUCAACUACGAUGCACACAACUGGCUGCUCAUUGCUAAGGCCCUGCAGGAAGACGUGUCCGCCAUUCACCGACUGAACCGUGCCCAGCUGAUCAACGAUGCGUUCAAUCUUGCCCGCGUCGAACGUCACGAUAUGAAACUCACGCUGGAUCUGCUGCGCUACCUCUCGAACGAACGCGAAUACGUCCCGUGGGCAGCGGCCAACGGUGUGCUGAACUACUUCUACAACAAGCUGCGCGGAACGGCCAACUACCACGACUUUAUCGUGUACGUGGACGCUCUUAUCGGACCGGUGUUUGAAAGCCUCGGUGACAUCACUACCGUGCCGGAGGAUGAAGCGCUACUGGACAAAUACCUGAAGCAGCUCAUCUCGACCUGGGCCUGCCGAAUCGGAUACACCGAAUGUCUUCGCCAGACGACCGAAGCACUGCACACCGCCGUCGAAACGAACACUCCCGUCCAUCCGGACGUAUCGUACGUCGUGUACUGCUACGGGCUGAAGGGUGCCACCGAUGAGGAGUACCGCUGGUUGUUCGACCAAAUGAUCAGCUCGGGCAAUGAAGCAGAGCGGUCGGUGCUGAUCGAUGCGCUGGGCUGUGCACAGGAGCAAUCGCAGCUUAUCUCCCUGCUUACCGUCGCGAUCGGUAGCAACUCCGAGCUGAACAGUCUGCUGCCAAGUGAACGUUCGCGCAUCGUGUCCUCGAUCUAUUCGGCCGGUCGGAUCGGUGUGGAAGCGCUGAUUGAAGCACUGUCCGAUCCGCUGCUUGCACAGGAGUUUGUCGAUCGUUUCGGACAGGGAACGCUGAACAGUGUCGUGUCAAAUGUGGCCUCGCGCACCAACAAUGAUGUUGAGCUGCAACAGCUGGAACAAUUCCUGGCGGCGCUCGGUGAUCUGGUUAGCCCGGCGACGGCUGAAGCGGCUGUCAGCACGGUCAAGACGAAUGCGGCCUGGUUUGAAACUUACGAAGGAGUCCUGUCGACGACGUACUUUGCCGAUUUUACCGAUUAA